GAAAAUAAAAGUGUGAGGGAAGAAAAAUCAGAAUGAAGAAAUUAUAUUAAGCCAUUAGAUGAGACAGAGUUUGUUAUAUUAAUUAGGAGUUGAAAAGUUGAUUUGAAGAGUGAAAAAAUGCGUAGAGAAGGUGAAGGUGAGAGAGAGAACGUGCCUCAACUAACUGCAAGUUCCACCAGGAGAAGGUUGAGAACGAAAUUCAGACCAGACCCUUUCUUGUCACUAUGCAGAUGCUUCAGCUUCCUUGUCAUUCUCUCUUCCUUUUUCUGCAUCGCCGUUAACGUCCUCUCUGCAAUUCGCUCAUUCAAAAACCAAUCCGAUAUCUUCGAUGGCAUAUUUCGGUGUUACGCCGUUUUCAUAGCGUGCUUCGGGGUUCUGGCUGAGACGGAAUGGAGCUUCAUCAUCAAGUUCUGGAAGGUUAUAGAGUAUUGGGUUGCCAGGGGUUUGCUGCACAUUUUUGUUGCAGUCAUGACUAGGGCCUUCCCUGACUAUAGUGGGGAGCGAAAAGAGCUGAUAGUUCUUCAGAGCAUAGCGUGCUAUAUGCUUCUUGCUUGUGGCGUAAUUUACGUUGUGUCGGGAGUUCUUUGCAUUGGUUUUCUGAAACGUUCCCGCCAGAAGCAAGAGAUAUCCAGAGAGCAAGCAGAAAAGGAUCUUGAGGAGUUGGAACGCCGUAGAGAAGAACUUGAGCAACUGCUUAUUACAGAAUAGGUUGAAGCUUUUGAAAGUAGUGCUGAAAUUGUCUCAUUUCGCACCGAACAAAACCUCCACGGGCAACAACCUAUGAAUACCGGUUUAUGGCAGUGCUGUUGGCUACUACUGUAAUACUUUUUCAUUCUAUGAAACAAAUUAAUUGCAUUCUUUAAGGGAAAAUUGACCUGUUGUGUAAACAUGUAGAAGUAAUAUUCGAAAAGAUUCCUCAUGACCAAUGUUCAGAUAAACUCUUUACCAUACAUUAGUUCCUGUAGCAAGAAUUAU